AUGGCGUCGAGGGCACCAGGUAAAAAAAAUAAUCACCCGUCUUUUAAGCAUUUUUUUUAGUCUUAAAUCGAGAUGAUACAUUUCAUAUAUUGAUGAAUAAAGGUAAUAUUGAUUUGUGAAAACAUCAGAAGACGAUGCAGAGUGUUUUGGUGUGUUCAAAUCCAUGUUUUUAAGGACUCUUUCUGGUGUCCUCUGAGUGUCCCCGCGGAAAGCAAGAAGGAUUUUGUUAGCUAGCUAUGGCAAAUCAAGGAAAGCUCAGUGGUUUGUGCCAGUGACAUAUUAUGCUUUUAAAUUAAAUGUAUGCCAGUUGGCUAAUGGAUAGGUAAAACAGUACUAUAACAGUUAGUUAUAAUAAUCUUCAAUGUUCUGAUCAACCUUCAAACGCCACGCCAGUGCAUCUUGAUGAUGAAUUAACAGCAUCUAACGUUAGCAGUUCCCACCUAGCUAGUAAUCUGUAGAUUAUGUAAUGUUAUCUACUAGCAAUCUAUCCACUUACCCAGCACAAAUGUAAUGUUUGCAGUUGGAGUGCACUCCUUGGUUCGCCCAAAUAAUACUACUGUGAAACCCUCCCUCCAGUCCCUACUUCUGUAAUUCACUCAAUUCUAGUGGAUCCACUCCAGCAUCUUGGAUGAAUGGAUAAUAUGUUUAGGUGUCUCGUUGCUUUUGUACUAUAGUGAUUGCAACUGGAUUUUUAACUGUUUUAGUAUACGAAAUCUUGUUGACAAGUAAAUUUACUUCUGGUCUCCCCCACAGCAGCUACCGGCAGACUCCUGGUCAGCUUCCGUAAAUGGUACUACAAUGCCGCCGGAUUCAAUAAAAUUGGUAACAGUCUUUUUGUUGGUUUGUUUUUCUAUUUGGGGCCACCUGUAAUUAAUUCACUCAGUCUUAAACAUCUAUAAACUUCAGUUAGAUCUCGCCUUGACACUUUGUGGAUAUUUUUGGUUCCAGGUCUGUUGCGUGAUGACACGAUCCAUGAGGAUGGCGAUGUGAAAGAGGCCCUGCGGAGGCUCCCAGAGAAAGUGUACAACGACAGGAUGUUCAGGCUCAAGAGAGCCCUGGAUCUCUCCAUGAAGCAGGCGGUUCUCCCCAAGGAACAGUGGACUCAAUAUGAGGAGGUACAGCAGACCUGGGCUCAAAUGUCAUUUGAAAUCAUGUCAAAUACUUUGUGAUUGAUAGACCUUGCCUGGUUUAAUGGACCAAUAAAAUGGUCCCAAAACUGCAAACCCCACUCAUCUGGCACUCCAGACAGGCUAGAGCAAACACUAAAAGUAUUUGAAAGAAUUCAAAUUGUAUUUGAACCCAGGUCUGAGGUACAGUGCAUAUAGUCUCACACACAAGAGUUUGUACAGGAAUGGCUUUGAGAUGCCACUGGGAAAAUUGAAGAUAUGUCAGAAGUUUCAUAGCAGUUGAUGUUAUAGUGCAGGGGUAUUCAACUCUUACUCUAUGAGGCCUGGAGCCUGCUGGUUUUCUGUUCUACCUGAUAAUUAAUUGCACCCACCUGGUCCCAGGUCUAAAUCAGUCCCUGAUUAGAAGGGAACAAUUAAAAAAUGCAAGGUCCAGAGUUGAGUUUGAGGGUUAUAGUGUAACAAUGGAAUGAAUGGCAAAGUCUAGCCUCUCAGAGGCUAAGGUGGAGAUAUUGUUACCAUAUUGAUAGGGCUUAACUAAUUAAAGAAUCUACAUGAAGCAAGUAGGAGUAGAGACUACAGGUUGGAUUGGAAUUGGGCAAUAGUUGAGGAGUUGGGAGACGCCUAUAAAGCUGUUUAAUGUUGAAAAUGACAUUAUGUAGAGUUGGUGGAAGAAAGUCGACAGAACUAAUGUUUUGUUUCUGUUUGACCUUUUUCCGUAGGACGUACAUUACCUGGAGCCUUACCUGAAAGAGGUCAUCCGUGAGAGGAAAGAGGUUGAGGAGUGGUCGAAGAAAUGAGAUGGCUCUGGAGGGCUGAUGUUCCUUCUCUUUGGUCUGGUGUAUGGUUGUCCUCUGUUGUAAUAUUUAAAAUGAAGUGUGCCCUGUGGGAAGACUGCUUAUUAAAAAUAUAAAUUUUUGGAAAGGA